AUGUCCAGUCCACACGUGUUAGAUUCUCCGGCUGUGAUUUUUGACAAUGGGUCGGGGCUCUGCAAGGCAGGCCUGUCUGGAGAGAUUGGGCCCCGGCACGUCAUCAGCUCCGUCGUGGGGCAUCCAAAAUUCAAGAUGCCGGCGUCAGGAGCCAACCAGAAGAGGUACUUUGUGGGGGAAGAGGCCCUCUACAAAUACGAGACCUUGAACUUGCACUACCCCAUCGAGCGCGGGCUGAUCGUGGGAUGGGAAGACAUGGAGAGGCUCUGGAAGCAUCUUUUCGAGUGGGAGCUGGGGGUCAAGCCCUGCGACCGGCCCGUGCUCAUGACCGAGCCCUCCCUGAACCCGCGGGAGAACCGGGAGAAGAUGGCGGAGGUGAUGUUUGAGAGUUUCGGCGUCCCCGCCUUCUACCUGUCGGACCAGGCUGUGCUGGCCCUCUACUCCUCUGCCUGCGUCACCGGCCUGGUGGUGGACAGCGGAGACGGCGUCACGUGCACCGUCCCCAUCUUCGAGGGCUACUCCCUGCCCCACGCGGUCACCAAGCUCCACGUGGCGGGGAGGGACGUCACGGACCACCUGACACGGCUGCUCCUGGCCAGCGGGCGCACCUUCCCCUGCGUGCUGGACAAGGCCCUGGUGGACGACAUCAAGGAGAAGCUGUGCUACGUGGCCCUGGAGCCGGAGAAGGAGCUGUGCCGGAGGCCGGAGGAGGUCCUGAGGGAGUACAAACUGCCCGACGGGAACGUGAUCCGCAUCGGGGGCCAUCUGCACCAGGCCCCCGAGGUCCUCUUUGCGCCCGACCAGCUGGGCGUCCAGAACCUGGGGCUCUCCAAGAUGGUGUCCAGCAGCAUCACCAAGUGCGACGCUGACAUCCAGAAGACGCUCUACGGGGAGAUCGUGCUGUCCGGGGGCACCACGCUGUUCCCGGGGCUUGACGACCGGCUCCUGCGGGAGCUGGAGCAGCUGGCUUCCAAGGGGAUUCCCAUCAAGAUCACGGCCCCCCCUGACCGGUGGUUCUCCACCUGGAUUGGUGCCUCCAUCGUGACCUCCCUGAGCAGCUUCAAGCAGAUGUGGGUCACUUGCGCGGAUUUUAAAGAGUUCGGGACAUCCGUGGUUCAGAGAAGAUGCUUCUGA